GCGAUUACUGGCACAUUUGCUUUAAGAAUGAGCAUCAUUAGUUCUGCUUUACAUGACAUUAUAAUGGGAUAACAAGAGGAGAUAUUUACCUCUGGUCACAGAUGAAGAACACAAAACGGUUGAGAAGAGUAAAGAAGAAAACAGCAACUAUACAAAUAAUCAAGGACAUCACCUGUUCAUCUCUUCUACAGUAAAGAUGUGGACGUCUGGAAUUCUCUUUGUACUGUUAGGAAUGGACUUUUCUUUCCAAACAAACCCGUCCUCUUCAGAUAAUUUGGCAUUACGAGGACAGGCUGUACAGUCAUCCUCAUAUUCUAAUUGGGUAGCAGGAAGGGCCAUUGACACUUCACCCUCAACCUGCUCCUCCACAACCACAUCUAGCAACCCGUGGUGGAGACUGGAUCUUCUGGAUUCUUACUCCAUCUCUCGAGUCGUCAUCACUAACAGAAAGGACUGCUGUCCAGAACGACUUAACGGAGCAGAAAUUUAUAUUGGAAACUCUUUGGAAAACAAUGGCAACAAUAAUUCCAGGUGUGCUGUGCUGUAUGGUGUGUCAGCGGGUCAGUCUGUGUCUGUGUCCUGUGACAAUAUGAAGGGAAGAUAUGUGAACAUCAUCAUACCUGGAAGUUCAAAAAUUCUCACUCUCUGUGAAGUGGAGGUGUAUCUGCCAAGCUGGAAAAAAACUUUUGUGAAGAUGACAUUUUUGUCCAGUGUCAAUAUGACUGAUCCAGCUGUCAAUAACAUGGUUCUUGAUCAGCUAAAUACCGCUCUGACAUCUAAAGGAAUCUCAAAUUUCACACUGACCUGGACAAAACUCCCUCAGAAAGUCAAACAGGAGAUUAAACUGGAUGAUGAUGAUGAUGAUGAGAAGUCCAUGUGUUAAAGAAGCUGAAUAGUCCUGAAUAAACAAACACUCUUUAAUGAAAAAGACUUAGUUUAGUUAAAGUGAUAUUUGUUAGUUUAUUUUAGUUAUUAGUAAUUGAUUGGUGUGAUGAUUAGUUUUUCUUUAAUUCUCUUCUUGUUCAUUUUAAAUGUUAAAGUUUGUGACUAAAGCAAUGAUGAAUUGGAUUGGACCUCUGCCCUACAGUUACAUCUUUGAUCCUCUCCAACAUGUCAUAGAGCUAAAAUAAAAUAAAAUAAAAUAAAAUAAAAUAAAAUGUAAAAAUUUUUUUUACAACUGAUAAACAUAAUCAGCUUUCAGUUCAUGAACUAUAUUAUUUGGUGGAAUAAUCUUUUAUGAUUUUUUAGAUUAUUAUUAUCAUGAAUACAUCUUUAGCAUUAGUGUCUUGAUCAUAUUGCUGUUUAAACUGUUUUAUUAAAACAACAAACCACUGUGCAUUACUGUGCAUUUACCACAGCGAAGGGGGCAGACAUUUCUAAUGGAUGCCUGUUGCUUUUAGUUCAUUAGAAAGAUUAUCCAGUGGUGUAAAUGUAUUUUAACCAAUUUUUUUGUUUGUGUACAAUUCAAGUCAAGUAAACUAUAAAAAAAUAACCAUUUGUCUGACA